UCCCCUCCCCCCUCGCGUCUGGUUCCUCGGGCCUCAGGUUCGGUAGGCUGCCUUCCUUUGUCCCGGUGGGGGCGGGGGCCCCCACCCCCUUCCCUCCUUUGGUUGUCUCUGCCCCUGUCCUCAUCUUUAUGGCCUCAUCCUGGCCGCCUGUGGGUGCCCGGGGCUCCCUCGGGGCACUCUCCCCUCCCCAAAUGCCCUUCGUCUCCGCUCCCUGCCUGCGCCCACCUGUUCCUCGGCUUCCCCAGCGUGGCCCCGAACGUGCUCCCCGCCUCCUCCGCCCCCCAAAAUGGAGUCGUGCCGAAAGAAAGUGUUGGUCAUUGGCGCCUCCCCCCUCCCUGCCCCCGCCCCCGUGCUAUUCCGUGGCUCCUGCUUGCUCGCUUGCUCGCUCGCCCGCCCGCCCGUCCUCCCCGGCGGUUCUCAGGGACUGGGGAUGCGCAGGCGGUGGCGCGGGGCCGGAGGGCAGCUGUUUUCUUCGCCGCCGCCGCCGCCGCCGGCCGCCCGGCUGACCUCGGGUCUGAGGAGGGGCGCAUGUGCUCAGGCAGGAAGAGCCAUGGUGGCCCCCAGGAGCUUCUGAUCCCCAGCCCCAACUCUCCCUGCCCAGCCCUCCCAGCGGCACGAUGCCUAACGCCACUGGGCCAGACGACCUGAGCGGCAGUGGGGCCACUCUGCCUCCCGCAGCCGCCUCCACCUCCAUCAAGUUGGUUCUCUUGGGGGCCAUUAUCUGCAUCAGCCUGGUGGGCAAUGCGCUUCUCUCCCUGCUGGUCCUCAGGGAGCGGGCCUUGCACAAGGCUCCCUACUACUUCCUGUUGGACCUCUGUCUGGCUGAUGGUGUGAGGGCAGCCGUGUGCUUCCCCUUUGUGCUGGCCUCCAUCCGCCACGGCUCGGCCUGGACCUACAGUGCGCUCAGCUGCAAGGUGGUGGCCUUCAUGGCGGUCCUCUUCUGCUUCCAUGCGGCCUUUAUGCUGUUCUGCAUCAGUGUCACCCGCUAUAUGGCUGUGGCCCACCACCGCUUCUAUGCCAAACGCAUGACCCUGUGGACCAGUGCAGCGGUCAUCUGCAUGGCGUGGACCCUCUCGGUGGCCAUGGCCUUCCCGCCAGUCUUUGAUGUGGGCACCUACAAGUUCAUCCGGGAAGAGGACCAGUGCAUCUUCGAGCACCGCUACUUCAAGGCCAACGAUACCCUGGGUUUCAUGCUCAUGCUGGCUGCGCUCAUGGCUGCCACCCACGCUGUAUACGGGAAGCUGCUCCUCUUUGAGUACCGCCACCGCAAGAUGCGCCCCGUUCAGACUGUCCCCGCGGUGAGUCAGAACUGGACGUUUCACGGGCCUGGUGCCACAGGCCAGGCUGCGGCAAACUGGAUAGCUGGCUUUGGUCGAGGCCCCCUGCCUCCCACCCUGCUGGGCAUCCGGCAGGCCACUGGAGGAGGAGGAGGCCACGCAGCCAGCCGGCGCCUCCUAGGCAUGGAGGAGUUCCGUGGGGAGAAGGAGCUGGGCCGUAUGUUCUAUGCCAUCACUCUGCUGUUCCUGCUGCUUUGGUCUCCCUAUAUUGUGGCCUGCUACUGGCGAGUUUUUGUGAAGGCUUGCGCUGUGCCUCACCGCUACUUAGCCACCGCUGUCUGGAUGAGCUUUACGCAGGCUGGAGUCAACCCCAUUGUCUGCUUCCUCCUCAACAAGGACCUCAAGAAGUGCCUGAGGACUCAUGCCCCUUGCUGGGGGGCCGGAGGCCCCCCGGCCCCCCCGGAGCCUUACUGCAUCAUGUAAAAGCAGACCCACAGAUGUAGGGAGAAGGGGCGGGAGGAAGACAGAAAGGGAACAAGAAGGCAGAUGAAUGAGGAGAAGGGAGCCAAAAAGAAUGAGUGCAAAUUAUGAUUGGGAGUAUGGAGGGUGGAAAUCCAGGAGUGGCUCCCUAAACUUACCUGAUUCUCUGUGCUCCAUCCAAUGGCACUGAUCCACUCCCGGGCCUCUCUGGCCUGUCUCUGUCCCCAGAAGCUCCCAGGGGAGUAGGGAGAAGGUGUUUCUGAUUCUAGGGACCUACACACACACACACACACACACACACACACACACACACACACACACACGCACACGCACACGCACACGCACACAUGCACACCCCAGACUGGUUUUUCCUUUUUUAAAAGACAAACAAAAACAAAAAAAAAUCCACCAAAAACAAAGGAGAAGAAACAAAAACAAACCAAGAACAACUGGAAACAAAAGAAAGCAGAAACAAAGGCCCAACUGGCUUUUCUGUCUUUACCUGUGAAUGUGCUGGGUUUGCCUUUCCUUUCAUUCAUCUCUGUAGGCUUCACUAUCUCCAGAGGGAAAUUGUUAGGUACCACAUACUCCCUCUGGCCCAAACCCAAUAACCACUAAGACUUUAGUAGUGAAUGUCUCCCCCCACCCAAGUGGGCAAAGGGAGGGUGACACGCAGCCACCAAUGCUAGAGCCCCAUCCAAGGCCUAGCCCCAGGCCUCAGGCCACAGAUCACAGAUCGGGCCCAAGAGGCAGAGGGGGAACAGGAAAACCUCUCGGAGAUGCCACAAAGGAUGGCUUUUAGGCUCGGUCACACCUCUUCCCACGUUCUGUUCCCACUGGGAAUUCCAAUUUUUGCCCCCCUGUUGGGGCAUGGGGGUGGCCCAGGACCAACAUCCCCCCACUGCCAGCCCCCCAAGAAUGCCUCCUUGGGGACAGGCUAGGCCAUUUCCUCCUCCUGUCAUGGUAGGAGUCUUACGUCCCUGGUUCUCCAGGGGCUUUUCGGGAGUCCCAAUGGUCCUUAGACCCCACCUCUUCCCCAUUGAGGUCUGUUUUUCAUCCUCAGCCUUCUUUUUUGGAAGCUGCCCAGCCCCAAGAGAACUUCCAAGCUAAUCAUAGCUGGGGAGUUACAUGGGUGUCAGUAGUCCCAGAACCUCUAGGGAUGGCUACUUCCCCUUCUCCCCUUCUUGGGGCCUCCCUCCUUCCAUUCUUCUUGGCCUCCCUCUUUCUUAAUCCCAAGUCUCCUACUUCACUGACCUGGCUCAGUGUGUCUCAGGGACCCUCCUUCCUUCCCUAAGAACAUACCUCUCUGGAGGUGCCCCACUGUGGGCCUCCUCUCUCCCUCUCUUGCUGUCUGUCUCUGUGUCUGUUUGUCUCUGUCUCUGUCUCUCCCCCACCCCACCCCCCAUAAUCCCUGGAAGGCACCAAAGGCUCGAGUUGGGGUCAGUGGCCACCAGGGACUGAUUCCCCCUGCAUCAGAGAGUUGACUCCAGACUAUCUGGCCUUCACCUCGGGUGGCCCUAGAGGAACCACCACCCAAAGGCAGGUGUACAGUAAGGGGUGGGCUCCAAGGCAGCCAGCAGAGAGGUGAGCUAGCUAGGGCUAGGGAAGCUCUCCUGGAGGAGGUGUUCCUGGGAUAGGAGUCUAGGAAGGCCUCUAGAGCUGGGGGUAUGUUUUAGGGCCCCGGAGAGGAAUUAGGGGGGAGGGACUUUAAUGCCAAGACUAAAUCAGGGUCAUCAUUUGAUCCUGUGACCCCUGGGAAGCCCUUUAGGGCCCAGGGCAGAGGAGGGAUGCCCAAGAAGCCUGGAGAGCAGCCCUGGGUGAGAAACCUGGGCAAGCUGGGCUCUGAGCUGUCCCCAAGUCCUCAUGGAGGGGACGUGCCCCUUCAUCUCCCCCUUAGAGAUGGGGAAUGCAUUUGGUGCGUGUGCCCUGUAUCGGCCCUGCCCAGUCCUGUCUACCAGCUGAGCUGGGUCGGGACCUCCCUAGGCAAGGCCUCACAGAGAGCUGCUUGCUCCUGAGCCCUCGCCCGCUUACCCACCCACCUGCCUGCCUGCCUACCUACUUACUGGUUGGUUGGCCAACCACUCCCUCCAGUUCUGCUCAUUGUGCAGGUGCUUUGGGGGCACGAGCAGGAACAGGAAGUAGAGGGAAAUGGGGAGCAGGAAGGCAGGUGGGGCCCAGAGGGAGGCCAAAUAAGGGAGCCUUCUUCGGAUUUGGGCCAGGCCAGGCUUGGCCCCAUCCCAGGCCGGGGAUUUUAAAGAAGUCUCAGGCCGGGGUUGGCAGAGGCAGCUUCCUCAGGGAGGCAGCCUGGGCUCCCUCCCAUGGGAGGAGGCCCCAGGAACCCUCACCUCCCAGUCUGGGAGGGACCUAUAAGGCCCAAGGGCAGGUGGGCCCACACGGCAGGCAGGCUGCCUUCCUCUCAUGGGGCCUGGUUGUUCCUGCCAGGGUUUUUUUGUAAAUCAAUAUCCUGAAGUCAAUAAAAUCUCUCAGCCUUG